GAUAACUACAAAGAGUCUGUUAUAAAGAACACCCACCGUCUACCACAUGAAACUAAACAGAAAACUAAUGGAGAAUUUUAUUUUGUCAUUUGCCGUUUCAAUCUUGUUAUUACAUAGCUUUGCCCUCUCCUUGAAUUCUAUCACCACUGAUAAGCAUGCACUUAUUUCCUUCAAAAACUCCCUCACUUCCGACCCUUAUGCUAUCUUGACCACCAAUUGGUCCCAAAACAACACAUCAGUCUGCAAUUGGAUUGGUGUGUCGUGCGGCCUCAAACACGGCCGUGUCACAGCUCUUAAUCUCUCUGGUUACGGCCUUGUUGGAACUGUUGCUCCACAUCUCGGAAACCUUACGUUUCUCAGAUAUUUGGACAUCCGUUUCAACAGUUUCGCGGGAAAAAUCCCAAGUGAAAUUGGAAGUUUGAGUAGGCUUAAAGAGCUGUCCUUGGGCUUUAACGAUUUCAGAGGAAUGAUCCCUGAAGAAAUAGGGAAUCUUUCACAGUUAGAGGUGUUAAGCAUCCCAGCCUCCUCUCUUACCAGAAAUAUUCCAUCUUCAGUGUUCAACAUAUUUUCAUUGAAAUACAUGGACCUCUCUAACAACAGUUUGUCUGGAAAUAUCCCAAGUGAUAUGUGCGACAGUCUUCCAAAUAUUGAAGUACUCAAUCUUUGGACCAAUCAACUUUCUGGAGAAAUUCCACCAAACAUAUGGAAAUGCACACACCUUCAAGUCUUGGAAUUAUCUGUUAAUCAUUUCAUUGGAAAAAUUCCAAGUGUAAUUGGAAGUUUGAGUAUGCUUAGAAAGUUGUACCUGGGCGUGAAUGAUUUCAGAGGAAUGAUCCCUGAAGAAUUAGGGAAUCUUUCACAGCUCGAGACAUUAAGUAUCCCAGCCUCCUCUCUAACCGGAAACAUUCCAUCUUCAGUGUUCAACAUUUCUUCAUUGAAAUUCAUCAGCCUCUCUAACAACAGCUUAUCUGGUACACUUCCUUCAAAUAUGGGGAUUUCACUUCUUAAUCUUGAAUUACUUUAUUUGGAUUGUAACAGACUCACUGGUCCAAUUCCAAGCACCAUCAACAAUGCUUCUAAACUUAUGGAUGUUGACAUGGGAAACAACUCCUUCAUUGGCUCCAUACCAAACCUUGGUAAUUUGAAACACCUUCAGAUGCUAAUGCUCGAUCAAAAUCAUUUGAGCGGAGAGGAAACUUCAACUCAGGAGUUGACAUUUCUCUCUUCUUUAACUAAAUGUCGAAAUUUGAAGUACUUGGUGGUAUCAGACAAUUCACUGAAUGGUAUCCUACCCGCUUCGAUUGGGAACUUUUCCUCUUCUCUUCAAAGUAUUUGGCUACAAAACAACCACAUCGUGGGUGUCAUUCCUUCUGAAAUUGGAAAUUUAAGUAGUGUGUUGUUUAUUGCACUGGGAGGGAAUCAGCUGCGUGGACCCAUUCCACCAUCAAUUGGGAAUAUGAAGAAACUCCAAAGAAUGGGUCUUUACGGGAAUAAGUUGGAAGGGUCUAUCCCUAACGACGUUUGCCGAAUGAAUAAUUUGGGAGAGUUGAUCCUUGACGAAAACAUGCUUGCGGGUUCAAUACCAAAGUGUUUAGGUGAAGUCAAAUCCUUGAGAGAGAUCAACUUAGGGUACAACCAGUUGAAUUCCACCAUCCCUCCCAACUUCUGGAAUCUUACCGACCUCGUGAUAUUGAACUUGUCCUCAAAUCAUUUGAUUGGUCAAUUGUCAUCUCAAGUUGGAAAUUUGAAGUCAGUCUCCUAUCUAGACUUAUCCUUUAAUAAAUUUUCAGGUAAUAUCCCCAGCUCAAUUGGUGGUUGCCAGUUAUUAGAAUAUCUCUACUUAUCGAAUAAUUUGUUGGACGGAUCUAUUCCCCUAGCCUUAGGAAAUGUUAGAAAUUUGAAAGCAUUGGAUUUAUCUUACAAUAACCUUUCUGGAUCUGUACCUAAGUCAUUAGAAGACCUUCAUUUUCUUGAGCAUUUCAAUGUGUCCAACAACAAAUUGGUUGGGGAAAUUCCAGAUAGGGGUUGUUUUGGUAACUUGAGUGAUCAAUCUUUUUCCAACAACCUUGCCCUUUGUGGUCCAAUAAGAUUUAAAGUUCCACCAUGCACAAAAAGUCAUCAUAGAUCAAAAAGCUUGAUGAAAUUUAUAGUGCCUUCUGUGAUUUUAGCUGUGACUAUGGUGAUUGUCAUCCUUGUGUUUAUAAAUAAAUUUAAACCGAGGAAAUCAACACUACUUACCACUGCUAUUUUACCGGUGACGGAAUAUAGAAGAGUUUCUUACAUAGAACUAGAGCGAGGAACCAAUGGUUUUAGUGAGAGCAACCUUAUUGGAAAAGGAAGUUUUGGUUCGGUAUUUGAAGCAACACUUUCUAAUGGGUUGAAAGUUGCAGUAAAAGUUUUUAAAUUGCAAAUACAAGGAGCAGAGAGGAGCUUUGAUAUUGAAACUGAGAUACUUGGGAGCAUUCGACAUAGAAACAUAGUUCGAGUGAUUGGAUGUUGUAGUAGCCCAGAGUUUAAAGCUCUAAUUCUCACAUAUAUGCCGAAUGGGAGUUUGGAUAAAUGGUUAUAUUCCAACAUGCAUAGUCUACAUCUUAUACAAAGACUAAAGAUAGCAAUAGAUGUUGCGUCCGCCUUGGAAUAUCUUCACCAUGGCCAUACAUUCCCAGUUGUCCAUCGUGAUGUAAAGCCAAGCAAUGUUUUGCUCGAUCAAGACAUGGUGGCUCAUCUUGGUGAUUUUGGCAUUGGGAAGCUUUUUGACAACGGAGAAGUUGUCGUCCAAACACAAACAUUGGCGACUAUCGGCUAUGCAGCACCAGAGUUGGGAAUGGAAGGGAAAGUGUCCACACAUGGAGAUGUGUACAGUUUGGGGAUAAUGUUGCUCGAGAUGUUUACAGGGAAGAAGCCAACAAAUGAUAUGUUUGAUGGGGAAAUGAGGUUGAAAGAGUGGGUAAGUGAAUCAUUACAAGAACAAGCAGUUACUAUUGCACCCGCUUUGCUAUCUAGAGAAGAUCAGGAUUUCUAUGCAAAGAAGCAAUGCGUGUUGUCAAUUUUUGAGCUGGCAAUGAAAUGUUUAGUCGCUGCACCUCAAGAAAGAAUCAACAUGAUUGAAGCAACGAACACUCUCCAGAGGAUCUAUGCAACAAUGGUAACAGAACGACGUCGUCCACGAUAUGCAUUUUCUGUUGGUAUUCCCAAUAAUGGGUUAUAAUGCUUGUGGCAUAGCUAUUGUGUAAAAUACAAUGUAAACAGUUUAUGUUGUGAAGUUGGAAUUUGUUAGUAA